AACACAAAUGUUUUUAAAUAUUUAUAAUAAAAAAUAAAGAAAUCUACCGCGUGUAUUAGUGUGUUAACUUUUCUCGCCACGCGACUUAGUGGAGCGCGUGUUCUGUUCUAUCAAAAUGGUGGUAAUCUUGAGAAGUCGAAAGGUUGCUCUAUGCUUUUUUACAAUUUUGAUUACAAGAGAUUCAUAUACAUCUAUGAAAAUGAUUUCUCAGUUAUCACAUGUUAUGACUCUUGCAAACAGUAUCAUUGGAGUAAGCGUUCUUGCUAUGCCAUUCUGUUUUAAGCAAUGCGGUAUUAUGUUGGCUACUUUGGUUUUACUGUUAAGUAGCCUUUUAUCUCGACUUGCAUGUCAUUUCCUUAUUAAGUCUGCUGUGAUGUCGAGAAGAAGAAAUUUUGAACUUUUGGCAUUUCACGCGUUUGGUCACAUGGGAAAAUUCUUGGUGGAAUUGUUUAUCAUUGGAUUUCUUGUGGGAACAUGCAUCGCCUUUUUUGUUAUUAUGGGUGAUUUAGGACCACAAAUAGUAGGAAAAGUAUUAAACAAAAGUCCAGAAGAUAUUAGAACUAGUUUGCUUGUAACAACAAGUAUUUUCAUAGUUUUACCUUUGGGAUUACUUCGAAACAUUGAUAGUUUGUCCAGCCUUUGUACCGCUACAAUUAUAUUUUAUCUUUGUCUUGUAUUAAAGAUAGUGACAGAGUCAAUGCAACAUAUCUUUGCUGGAGAUUGGUAUGAGCAUGUAUAUUAUUGGAGACCGUCUGGUAUAUUACAAUGUAUACCUAUUUUUUCUAUGGCUUUAUUCUGCCAGACUCAAUUAUUUGAAAUAUAUGAAACUAUUCCAAAUGUCUCUUUGGAAAAAAUGAAUGAGGUUGUACGUGGUGCAUUAAAUAUAUGCACCAUUGUGUAUCUCUGUGUUGGAUUUUUUGGAUAUAUUGCAUUUUGUACUCAACCUUUUACAGGCAAUGUAUUAAUGAGCUUUGAACCUAGUUUGUCAUCUGAAAUGAUCAAAAUGGGUUUUGUGUUCUCUAUUGCAUUUAGCUUCCCCCUAGUCAUUUUCCCAUGUCGUGCGAGUUUAAAUUCUCUCUUAUUUCGUAAGGUGUAUAGUCACGAACCAUCUGUAAAUUAUUUACCGGAAUCAAGGUUCAGAUGUCUUACCAUAGCAAUUGUAGCUGUUUCAUUGGUUACUGGUAUUUUAAUACCAAAUAUAGAGUUUGUUCUUGGUUUAGUGGGAUCCACAAUUGGAGUUAUGAUAUGCUUGAUCUUCCCAGCAAUAUUUUUUAUAUCGAUUAGUAGCAAACAUACUAAUGAAAGACUACUGGCACAGAUCAUUUUAUUUAUCGGUAUUUGUAUUAUGAUUCUGAGUACAUAUGCAAACUUGUAUGCUUUGGAAGAAUCGAGUAAUACAAAGGUAUCAAUAACAACAAGCAAACCACACAAUCAAAUUAAUAGUUUGCAAUUAAAUUUAAACAAAGAUGAUCUUAAUGCAGUUGUAAAUAUUCCUCAUAAUCAUGAGAUUCUACCAGAUAUUAAAGAGAAAAUAGAUCAGCUGCCAGACUUGAAUGUUCUUGAUAAAUCGGUGAACGUACAGUCGAAAGAUGUACGGCAGGAACCACCGAUUCCUGUUGAGCGUAUUGUUGUUACAGAAAAGCCGAUUCUUGAAACACAAAAGCCUAGCGAAAAUAUAGUAGCUACUGUUGCCCCAGUAAUUGAAAACGUCAUGGAUGAAAUAAAAACAUUGGACGUAGAAUUCAGUACAAUGAAACCAACAGAGAAAAAUACUAUUGUAGAAGUGAAAAAGAAUAAUUUCAUUGAUACACAAAGGAAUGAGAAUCUCAUAAAUUCUGAUGCCAUUAAAAAAGAAGAAACGGAGCUAGCUGCGGAUGCAGAAAUUGUUCAUGUAUUGGUUUCAGAAACACAUAAAAAACUUGAAAACAUAAAUCAGAAGAUAAAACAAUACCAAGAGAGUGGUAAACAAGAGCAAAAGAUGACAAACGAUAUACAAGUGCUUAAAGAAAAUGAAAGGAAAUUGGAAACAUACAAUGAAAAAUUUGUUUUACAAGGGAACAACAAUUCUAGAACUUCAAAUGUUGUACAAGAUAAAGAAUUCCUAAGUAAAACAAAAAAAGAUAACAAUGAGGAAACCUUGCAAUCAAAAUUGGAAAAAACUGUAUUCAACAAACAAUUAAAUGAGGUGAAAAAUGAUGAAUAUCUUAAAGCUAAGCCAUUGAGAAAUGAAGAAAUUGUAGAAACCAACGUUCAAAAUAAAAAUUCCUUUCUGACCAAAGUUGCGAGCCAUAAAUUUUCAAAAUAUCAGGCGAUUGAUCGACAGGUAAUCGAAGUUGCAAAAGAAGAACAUAUUUAUUCAGAAGAGUUACCGAAGGGUCCUAUUUUAAAUAUUUUAACAAAACGAAAAAUUUAUAAGUCUGCAUCUCCGAAUGCACCCUUAGCAAAUAAUAAUGAUACUAAUAAAGAUCUGUCUAAAAGUGAUAAUGUACCUGAUGGCAUUUCAUCUAGCCCACAAGAAAAAUCGAUUUUAAAUAGUAGAAAUCGAAAAACACAACACGAAUAUUCCGUACCUAUUGCUUUAAAAAUGCGAAAUCAAACAAAAAUGGAAAAUGUGUCUGUUUUAUUAGGAAACAGAUCGGAAGAAAAUGUUCAAGCUAUUCGUAGAGACAUUUUACAAAAUCAUGAACGUGACAAACGUGAAGUUAAUGUAAAUUCUGAAAAAACUGAUACCAAAGUUGCAAGUGAUAUUUUUGAUAAAAAUGCAGAACGAUUAACAAGAAAUUCUACGGUAAAAGACAACAAUGAUGAAUGCUCUAAGCAAAACAAAAAUAUGAAAGAUGAAAGUAUAACGGAUAAAUCAAAAUUAAUUGCGAACCAAUCUGAAAAUGGUUUAAUAGAUACGUCGUUAAUUAAAAUCAACAUGUAUUUGUCGGAACAAAAAAUCACAGAUGCGAUAUCAGUAGAUCCGAAUGUUGCUAUGGGCGGAGAAUACGUUAAAUUAAAGCAAAGAGAUUUAAAGUCUGUAGAUUCCAGUGAAGAUUGCAAUAUGUAACUAUUUAGAGACCUGAUUAGGAAUAAUAUAUGCAACAUAAUAUAUAUGUGAAAACUUUAUUUUAUAAAUAGGUGUUAUUGUUCCUGUUAACUGUACUCGUAAGUCAUAUGCGUACAGUACGAGAAUGACUGUAAUAUAUACGAAUAUUUAUGUUUCACGCAUCCCUUAUAUUUCGAUAUACAGAUCGCUAUUCUUUUACGUAACCAGUAUCCGUAAAUAAAUACAAUUACUUAUUAAUAUAUUUUUACAGUGAAGGAAGCGUUGUAAUUUUGUCUCGUCGCAACACCUUCUAGCAAUAAGGUUCAUUAUAUUUUUGUACAAAAAAUUUAUUUACAUAUUGACAUAUACGAUGAAAUGGCUAUCUAUUUCUGUAAUAUUACCUUCCAUAAACUUCGAUCG